GUCUGGCGGCUGGCGUUUGGGUUGUGGAGUUGGAGAAGCAGAUUCGCGUGGCCGGCGAGUAGAGAAUUAAUUUCGUCAGGAUUCAGGAUUUGCGGGAAACGUUCGUCACUGGUCAAGAAAAGGCCUCGUGUGAGACGACAGUAAUUUCCAGCCUCGAGUCCUGCUCAGUACCGUCCUCGGCGUUUUCCCUCAGAGAAGGAAUCUGCUGCCGGACUCGCGAGUCUGGUGACUCGGCAGGAGAAGAUGGCGACGGUGUGGGAUGAAGCCGAGCAAGAUGGAAUCGGGGAGGAGGUGCUCAAGAUGUCCACAGAGGAGAUCAUCCAGCGCACACGGCUGCUGGACAGCGAGAUCAAGAUAAUGAAAAGUGAGGUGUUGCGAGUCACCCAUGAACUUCAAGCCAUGAAAGACAAGAUCAAAGAGAACAGUGAGAAAAUCAAAGUGAACAAGACGCUGCCAUAUCUUGUCUCCAACGUCAUUGAGCUGCUGGACGUUGACCCCAAUGACCAAGAGGAAGAUGGUGCCAAUAUUGACUUGGACUCCCAGAGGAAGGGCAAGUGUGCAGUGAUCAAAACCUCCACGCGCCAGACGUACUUCCUGCCUGUGAUCGGGUUGGUGGACGCUGAAAAGCUGAAGCCGGGAGACCUGGUGGGUGUGAACAAAGAUUCCUACCUGAUCCUGGAGACCCUGCCUACAGAGUAUGACUCGCGCGUGAAGGCCAUGGAGGUGGAUGAGAGGCCUACAGAGCAGUACAGUGACAUUGGCGGCCUGGACAAGCAGAUUCAGGAGCUGGUGGAGGCCAUCGUCUUGCCGAUGAACCACAAGGAGAAGUUUGAGAACUUGGGGAUCCAGCCUCCAAAGGGGGUGCUGAUGUAUGGGCCACCGGGGACUGGGAAGACACUGCUGGCCCGAGCCUGUGCGGCGCAGACCAAGGCCACCUUCCUGAAGCUGGCCGGGCCCCAGCUGGUACAGAUGUUUAUCGGGGACGGGGCCAAGCUGGUCCGGGAUGCCUUCGCACUGGCCAAGGAGAAAGCACCGUCCAUUAUCUUCAUUGACGAGCUGGAUGCCAUUGGCACCAAGCGCUUUGACAGUGAGAAGGCCGGGGACCGCGAAGUGCAGAGGACCAUGCUAGAGCUUCUGAACCAGCUGGAUGGCUUCCAGCCCAACACCCAAGUCAAGGUGAUUGCAGCCACCAACAGGGUGGAUAUCCUGGACCCUGCCUUGCUCCGCUCAGGCCGCCUAGAUCGAAAGAUUGAGUUCCCGAUGCCCAAUGAGGAGGCCCGGGCCCGGAUCAUGCAGAUCCACUCUCGGAAGAUGAACGUCAGCCCGGAUGUGAACUACGAGGAGCUGGCCCGCUGCACCGAUGACUUCAAUGGGGCCCAGUGCAAGGCCGUGUGUGUGGAGGCGGGCAUGAUCGCCCUGCGCAGGGGCGCCACAGAGCUGACCCACGAGGACUACAUGGAGGGCAUCCUGGAGGUGCAGGCCAAGAAGAAAGCCAACCUGCAGUACUAUGCCUAGGCCACUGCUGACUGCCUCUCAAUAAAUGGCCCUGUCUGC